AUGAUUCGAUCACCAAAUGGCAAUGAAUCAAAAUACAACUCACAACCAGACUUGUCCAGAAGGACGGAAGAAGAAAGUAAUGUUAGUAUCCGUAAAAGAAAAAAAUGGACCACGACUGAGAAAUUAAUGACCGAUAUGCGUGAAAAUAUAAAAACAUUGAACGAAGAGAUCAAAGAUAUCAAAUCCUCGACUUCAGGGAUAGUAAAAGACCAGGACAACAUCAAAGGAUGUAUAACAGAUUUAAAUAGCAAAUUUUCUACGCACGAAGACAGGCUCACUUGUCUUGAAGGUAGUCUCAAGACAUCUACCACUACUACCAUUGAUUCAUCAGAGCCGAAUCAGUUGAGGAAAUAUGAAGAAAUAAUUCAGGAAAUUAAAGAGAGAAAAAAGAGAGAAAAAAAUAUUAUUAUAGUUGGCAUAUCAGAACAGACUGCUACCAGUACUGAGGAGAGGGUUGCAAAAGACGAAGCUGAGGUUUUAAACAUAACAGCCGUGCUUUUACAAGAAAAUAACAAACACAGUUCAAUCAAACCCCUUCGUUACGAGGACUCGGGUUCCAUAGGGGUAAUUCGAUACAAGGGUUACGGCUACGAUUUGUUGUAA